AUGCCCUCCGGCCCGGAGCCCUCGCCGACGCCCCCUCUCCUUGCAGGGGCGCGAGCGGGCGCGAGUUGGGGCGAGCUGCCGGAGGCCGGCAUGGAGCCCGCAGAGAGGAAGAGGCUCCCGUCCGCUUCCCUGGAAGGAGACCCCAGAGAAGAGAACAAAUUAAAACGAGGAAUUUCCCAAGACUCGACUUCUUCCCCCAAAUUAGACAGAUACAAAAUAGCAAGACAAUUAACAGAAAAGGCCAUCAAGGAAAAGAAGAUUUUCUCCAUCUACGGGCACUACCCGGUGAUACGGGCCACCCUUCGAAGAAAGGGCUGGGUGGAGAAGAAGUUCCACUUUUUGCCCAAGGUCAUCCCGAAUGCGGACGAUGACAAUGCAGGGGUGACUGAACAUAAACACACUGAAGGCAAAGAAAAUCAAGAAGCGGCUCUGGAGAAGAUAGACGACAUCCAUGAUGUGAUGUCCAGGUUGGUAAAAAACGAAAUGCCGUACUUCCUCUGGACUAUCAGGAGGGACGUCGUCGACUAUCACAGCCUGAGCUGCGACCAGAUGCUGAACCACUACGGGAAGACGGCCUCUUUCACCACCAAGAUCGGGCUGUGUGUGAACAUGAGGAGCCUGCCGUGGUACGUCCAAGCCGACCCUGACUCCUUCUUCCCCCGCUGCUACAGCCUCUGCUCUGAGAGCGAGAAGCAGGAAUUCCUGGGUAAGUGGGCCCCUGGUCCCUGGUGCCGGCAGAGGGGGCGAGGCCUUGGUGUCCUUUCAGACGACUUCCGGCGCACGGUGGCCUCCAGCAUCCUCAAGUGGGUGGUCAGCCACCAGAGCCACAGCGGAGGCAAGCCCGGCGGCAGGGGGGAGGCCUGUGACCCCGGCCCCAGCAACCGGAAAGCUUCCCAGAGUGCGGACUCCAGGCUCACAGGCCUCUCGGGACAGCUCGUGGACACUGCGUGCAAGGUGUGCCAGGCCUACCUGGGGCAGCUGGAGCACCGGGACAUCGAUGUCCCCGAGGACGCUGGCAAGGGCCUCACGGAGGACGAGUGGAAGGACGUGGCAGAGCAGUACUACUCCCUCGUCCACGGUGACGCCUUCAUCUCCAGCUCGAGAAACCACUUCUCGCAGUGCCAGGCUCUGCUGAACAAAAUCACGUCCGUGAACCCGCAGACGGAGAUCGACGGGCUUCGAAACAUCUGGAUCAUAAAGCCGGCGGCCAAGUCCCGGGGCCGAGACAUCGUGUGCAUGAACCGCGUGGAGGAGAUCCUGGAGCUGGUGGCGGCCGACCACCUCUCUGCCAAGGACAACAAGUGGGUGGUGCAGAAGUACAUUGAGACCCCGCUGCUCAUCUACGGCACCAAGUUCGACAUCAGGCAGUGGUUCCUGGUCACCGACUGGAACCCGCUGACCAUCUGGUUCUACAAGGAGAGCUACCUUCGCUUUUCCACACAGCGCUUCUCCCUGGAGAGCCUGGACAGUGCCAUCCACCUGUGCAACAACUCCAUCCAGAAGCACCUCAAGAACGACAAGGACCGCAGCCCCCUGCUGCCCUACCACAAUAUGUGGACCAGCACCAGGUUCCGGGAGUACCUGCAGAAGCGGGGCCGCGGGGCUGUGUGGGUGGGCGUCAUCUACCCCGCCAUGAAGCGGGCCGUCACCAACACCAUGCGCGCGGCCCAGGACCGCGUGGAGCCGCGCAAGAACAGCUUUGAGCUGUACGGGGCCGACUUCGUCCUGGGCCGCGACUUCCAGCCCUGGCUCAUCGAGAUCAACUCCAGCCCCACCAUGCACCCGUCCACGCCCGUCACGGCCCAGCUGUGCGCGCAGGUGCAGGAGGACACCAUCAAGGUGGUGCUGGACCGCAGGGCGGACCGCAGCUGCGACAUCGGCAACUUUGAGCUGCUAUGGAGACAGCCUGCCGUGGAGCUGCCCCCCUUGCACGGGUCCGACCUGUGCGUGGAGGGCGUCAGCGUGAGGAGAGCCAGGAAGCAGGCGCCACCCACCUCCAGCGCGAAUCUUCCGUCCUCCCUCCUGGACAUUCAGCCCCUGAAAGUGAGGUGCCCCUCGGCCAUGCCCAGCCCGCCUCUGGGGGCCCCCGCCACGGCGCCGCAGCAAGACCUGAGGCUGAAAGAGGCGCAGGCCUGUCCCCGCACCUUUCCCGCGCCCCUGUGGGGGGCCGCCGCCAGGAGCUGCAAAGCCCGGUCCGCCACCGCCCCGUCGGUCGGGAAGCUCGAGUUCCCCCCUUGUAACUUGCAGCACGUAGACAGCAGGGCCCCGAAAACUGGUCCGACCAACGCUGAGUCCGGCAGACCCUCGGAUCCGAAGAUACCGAACGAGCCCUCGCUGCCAUCGGCGCUUCCCAGCGUGAAGACGGCGGAGGGCGCCCUGCUCCAGCCGCCCAAACCGCCAGGGCAGCGCAGGGAACCCCCAGCGCCCUGCCUGGUGUGCGGCUCUCUGCCGCCGGCCCGGCCCUGCAAGCGCUGCCGCUCCUUCUGCGCCUCGGUCCUGCAGGGCGCCUCCUUCGUGCCCCUGGACGGCGGGGGCACCGGGGCCGGGACCCCGUGACGCCAAGGACCUGCACACCGAGGACCAGGACGGGACAGACUAGCCUUAGAACGUGGCUAGUUUCUUUGGAAACUUCACAUAAUGA